AUGGGAAUCCAGUUGGAAAAUAGACGACUUCCCUCGGCCAAGCUAUACAUGGCGUGUUUGGCCGCUCAAAUGGGGUCCGUGCUAUUAGGCUGUGCCUUAGGCUGGAGUGGACCGGCACUGGUAGAUAUGGCCCGCAGUGAUAGUAAGCCCCGGCUAACGGAAAGUGACCAUGAUACUAAUAUUAAAACAUGGAUUGGCUCCAGUAUGACAUUGGGUGCACUAUUUGGGGGCAUAAUUGGAGUAUUUUGGUCGGCGGCGGACAUUAUUAUAUUUAGGCGCUCCCUAUACUGCGGGCUGGCUAUUGAUGAGCUUUGGUCAAGAGGUUCUGUUCCCACAUUUGUGGCUGAGAUCUCGACCCCAAAUAUCAGGGGUUUGUUGGGAAUGGCUUUUAAU